AUGGCGUUUUUGGGUGGUGUAUUGGAGAGUAUUAAGGAGGAUGAGAGUGUGACUAAAUAUGAUAAAAACGUUGCUGAGCCAAAAUUAGAUAGUGUUCUCAACUCUCUUGAAGUUUCCAUAGGUAAGGGGUCUGGAGCUUUGGUUACUCAGGUGGAAAAGGUGAGUGGGUGGCUCGGGAGGUAUGAGAGUGAGGUGAAGGAGAAAUGUGAAGAGUUUAAGAAGCCUAUUGUUAUCAUGAGAUUAGAUAUAAAAAAGAAUCUUAGCGACCAUAAAUUUGAAGAGCUUAAACAGAUGUCUCUGAGUGACCAACAUGCCAGGUGGAAGAAGAGAGGUGAGUUGUACUUUGAAAAUGCGAAACAGGCUCAGAGCGCUCUGGAAAAUUUCGACGCUGCACUCUCAGGUAAGUUACGUAUGAAUGUCUCAUUGCUGUUACAGGCGACGGAGAGUUUUAAAAGGAAUGCUGAGGAUGAAGAUUUGAAGAUUGUAUUCGGUCUGGCCAGUCAACAGAUGACUGCGCUUACGAGUCAGGUUGAGGGGUUAGUUAAUGCCAAGCGUAAUGAACUUCAGGGGUAUUUAACAACGCAGAUGGGACAUCUGCAUAGGAGGCUCGAAAUAUUUAAAAGUAAGCAAUUUGCAGAGUUAUUUAAUUCAGUUAACUAUGACCUUCAGGAGGCCUUAAAUGUCGCAAAUGGCGUUAUUAACAACUUUGAGAAUAGCUAUGAUACGAAGAUUGUUUCAAAGGUUGGUGAACUCGUUGUUAGUGCACCGCAGUUUAGCACAAAAUUUGGAGCAACUAAGACGGCACUCGAGAACACUAUCGAGAAUCUGAGACAGGACAUCGCGAGGGUUAGGCUUCUUACGGCUGGGGAUAACGACAUUGACAGUCCUUACGGUGGUAAGGUCGAUGCGCGAUUCCUGAAGGCUAUUGGUACACAAUCGGAACCCUUUAAAACGAUUACGGAUCAUUUGUCUGCAAUUGAUAAGCAGAUUAUGCAACACGUUAAAGCAGUGAUGGAUAAAAUUGGUGAAAAGUGGGUGAAUUCUGGAGCUUAUCCAAUUCCUUUGCAAGCUUUUUUUCGAAAUGUUCACAGUGAUCUUACAUCACUUGUAAAUGUCGUGAAAACCCCUAGAACGGUGGCUGAGCUUACUGGUCUUCAAGGUAAGCUGACUACUAUCCUCGGCGACGGUGCCAAGAAUAUUUCUGAUAUACGUUUCACCAAUGCAACAUCAUUUCAGACAUUAGUGCAGAAGUUUGCCAACCCUUCUGGCGUAACAAAAGAAUUAACCUCUGAUCUGCAAAAACUUUUGGCUGAAGUUGGUACCGUUGCGAAAACCGUAUCUCAGCACUCCCAUCAAGUCGUCACGACAGUCAUGGAGAAGAUUAGGCAGAGAGUUGAAGGUGAGAUUACAGAUGUCGCUAAUGCAAUCGAGGAGAAGGUUAAAAGAAUUCAAGGUGGUAUAAAGGGUGUCAAAGAUGGCGAUGAGAAAUAUGGUCUUGCAGAAGCCGAGAAAAACGCAAGAGGCCUCACGAUGUUGGUGAAUGAGUUUAAAUCAAGGAUAGAUGAUCAGCUAAAAAUCCUUCUAACGAGUGUCGGAUCGAAAGAUAACACCAAAAAAAAUAAUACCGAUAGUGUCUUCGCUGAGUUGAACGACCUAAAAGACAAAAUUAAUGACCUUGGCAAAACAGUUAACACGGUUAAAGAUAAGAUUCAAGCUGCUAGGAUGGCGCUACGCCUUUGCAUCCAACAUGUUGAGAUGCUUAUGACGGAGAUGUCGCAAAAAACAAACCAAUUCAUGAAUCAAUUACGUAGGCGUAUAGAUUUAGAAAUCACAAAUGCCUUUACUAUCAUUAAGAACAAGGCGAAGGAGAUGUACUCCGCAAGGAAGGAAAAUGAGCUUCGAGCGUUGGAAGACAUUGUUAAUAAGCAGUUUGAUGACAUUACGAAAACCAUCGAACAAGAUAAAACCCUUGGAAUCAAGGGAUUUUUCGAUAGAUUACAAAAGACUUUUAUCACUCCACUUAAUACGCUUGCCUCGCCCGUUCCGCCUCCAAAGGCACCGAAACCAUUUGAAGAUUGGUCGUCCCAACUUAACACUUAUUUCAAUGCCCUUUCGCAAAGCACAUCGCAGCACGGUGAUAUAAUAUCUGUCGCUUCACAGGUUCGUCCCCUACGGGAUGCAUUAAAUUCCUUGUUCCAGCAGAUGACCACGUGCAGGCAUUUCCACGACGAAGUAUCCAAGAAGCGCGAACGCUUCGCCGAGACGCUUGACAAACUUUCGCUUGAUGGCAUGAACGAUGCGCAGAGAAGACUGUUAGCCCCCCUAAAAAAAGGGUUCCAUCUGUUUGUUAACCAACUCAGAAAGGCGUACGUGUCUUCGUACUCCGGUAAAACAAUAAACUGGAGCGAUGAAAAGAAUCUAGACAAGACAAAUUGCGCCCAAAUUCUCGUCACCAUCCUCAGCAUCUUGAAUCACGAUUUGCGUGAGCUUCAUAAGAGAUGUCACAAGACAAACGGUGAUUGCAGGGAAAACAAAAUUUCUCUCAUCUCCAAGUCAGGUGUAUAUAAUCCCCUCGGCGCAUUUUUCCAGGACAGCGGCUACAGGGUGUCCAAGUUGGAAGAGUCCUAUGAAGGAGAGCUGAGAUGUCAUGAGCAGAUGAGGGGGGGACACAUUUCUCGAGACCUUUUUGAGAAGAUCACUCUCACCGCCGACACUAACAAACAUUUUCCAAAAUGUAAACCGGAUGAAGCAAAGACACAAAUUAAAUCGACUUCACAAUUUAAUAUAUUCCACAUUCUCGAUUGUCUCACAUCUCACGUCAGUGAGUAUUACCAAUCCUGCCACCUCGGACUCCCGAAGUCCAAAAAGUAUCCAUGUUCCGUUCGUGAUAUUUGUGUAUGGCUUUCCGGUCUCCCACAUACUGCAGUUUAUAAAACCGUUGAUGGCCACUGUAAAAAGAUGCUUUAUGAGCAAGACAAGUCUACUGGUAUAUUCUACAACCAGGACGAUAAAGUCAUGGAGAGAUCCUUGCAACACCUUAACGGUAACAUUACUAAAACAUGUAACUUGUCACAUAGAUUAUUAGUCUCCAUCCAGGGCCACGGCUGUGGCUAUGACCACGCUGCGUACCCGUAUGCGUGUUGCUUUGAGAACAACCAUGGGCAAUUCUAUUACCCCGGUGAUCCGUCUUCACUGCUUGGCAUGUUGAAAGAUAUGUGUACUCGUUUGUUGCGUGCAGUGCGUUUCUUAUACCAACAAUGUAGGUACACAGCAUCCGACGGCAACGGGUGGCGUGAGUGUCAGUAUGGUUAUCGUGUCGGCAGCUACCAGUGGGACUGCGACAAGUCAAGCACUAAACCAAAGAGUCAGGCUAAGUGCCAACCAAAUAGUGAACCAAAUGACCAACCAAAUUGCUUGCCAAAGUCCCCGCUUCAAGCACAUCUUAUGGACGGGCUUCCUGGUUUCAUGCCGCAUAAGUUCACAGCUGUCGGUUGCCAGCCUAGUUGUACUACGUGCCCUAAGGGCUCACUGGUUGGUCAAUGUAUCACCCCGAUGGGCUUUGCAGAUUUGGCAACUGCGGGCUCUAUUACAGGCCGUGGCGAGGAUCUGAUUGAUGUGCUUUCUGACCUUUGUAAAAACAGCGCAUCAGUUCUCUGUGAUUUAGUGCACGCAUUACAAUGCAUAUUGCCCUCUCCACCGAAGGGAUUGGCAGAGAUGUUGUCGUACUACUGUAACAUAAUGCAGAAAUCGUAUGGUUCAGUGUAUGGUCAUGACACCGAAUACAAGGGUAAAAUUGAUGAAGCCAUUCAUCUAAGUUUCCCGUUCAAAAAUGAUAUGUGGCUUCACAACAAAUACAGUGCUUCCAAGCUGACCCAUGCGUUGAAUACAUUGUACUGCUCAACAAACGAGCAUCCUGACAAACUAUCGGACGAAACUCAUCGUGGACUACAUACUGUAUCGCCGAACCCAAGGCCGGAAAAAUCAAAUCAAUGCUCUACUGCUAAUUCCACCUGCGCCCCUUACCUCAAAGCUCUGUGUCACGAUGCUCAUCACACAUACCCUGCAAAACACGCAAACAUGUAUCUGUCAUGGCUUUGCCGGUUGGCGUGGACAUUCUGGGAUUUGCUUGAUCAGUUGCUCAAGGCGUUCAAUAACAUAUCCUGUCAAACAUAUGGGUGUCUAUGCAAAUGCGGUUUUGGUAAACACGGCGUCACUGAGGAAGAAACAUCGCAACCUCCAAAUGUUCCUAAGCCCAGUUGCCACUGCACUUCAAUAGUCCAGUGCAAAGGACCAAUGUCCGUAUUCUACCAGUACGGUUUCACAUUCGGAAUGCCGAAAGAGUUGAUGGGAUUUGAAAACAAGAAGACAUGUGACAAUUUCGUAAAGCAAUUAACUAGAGUUCUAACGAAAGGAUACUUCAAAGAAUUGUUUGAUGAAAUCGAUGAUUUCAUCUGGGCAAUACGUACACCCUUCUCAUACCUGUUGUUAGCCCUCUGGUCGCUAUCGCUCCUCUACCUGGCGCACAUCGCCGUCGUCCGCCUCGACGUCCUGAGGAUACGCUCCCACCUGCGAUCGCCCUCAAGCCACCGCAUCGCCGCGCAGUCGCUGCUCGCCGCCGCACGCGUCAAGGCACUCGCCAACGUCAAGUACUUCUCACCGUAA